AUUCCACUUGUUGUGUUUCUACCUCCUUCUCACUCCAGUCAUUCGUUCGUGAUCGGGGCCUUCCUUCAUUUGAGGUGCUUCUUUUUCAAUUCUAGCUUUUCUUACACAGCUGCAUGACAAGAGCAUUUGAGACUUCAAGCGGGCGUUCGCGGACUGUCGCUUGAAGACACAAUUGCAUAUCAACAUACGGCCUUACAACAUACAUAUACCUACACAACAAAACAGCAGGAUCUGGACAAUAAUGCACCAUGGUUGAUCAAGGAACCCAAGGGAGGUGGUACAGAAUCGCGGGGAAACUUCUCAACCGGGGCCUGAUUGGAGAUAUUCUCGGCACACCCGGCGCCAUCGUCAGUCAAGUAUUGUCGUCGCCGGCGACGACAACUCAGGAGAACGUCCAGGCAGAGGGUACACCAGCAGCAGCGGCAACGACACAAGCAGCCGCUGCGCCGGCUGUAACAACGGCUGCCGCCGCUCCUGUAGCUGCGACGACAACACCGGCUGCACAACAACCAGCUGCAUCACCGGCAGCAACGACGAAGCAGGAGCAACAGCAAGCUGCUACAACACCAGUAGCUCAGGCAUCAGCAGCGGCAGCGACGACAUCACAGCAGGCAGCUCAGGCAUCGUCAACAAUAGUCGCAGCAGCAAAUCCUCCAGCAGCUUCAAGUUCGUCUUCGAGUGCUGCAGCUGCUGUUUCGUCAACACCCGCUGCAGCUGCUACGACUGUCCCAGUAGCCGCUGAGAAUGCGGCAUCAUCACCAGUGCUAUCCCAGGCGGUCCCACCAGAGGCAACAGGAACAAGCGUGACCGGGGUUGGAGCGGGGAGCGCAUCAAGUACAAGAUCUGGCGUAACCAAUGCUACGCAAACGUCUUCGCCGAAUUACGAGAAUACAUCAUCAUCGAGCAGUCAAGGGCCGUUGGUCGCCACUGGAGUCGUGCUGGGCAUCGUGGUACUCAUGGGACUCUCCCUCUUGAUAUUCUGGUGCUAUCGUCGGAGAAGGAGAGCAGCCCGCCAUGUUCAUGAACCCGUCGCCCUCGAGAGUCCUAGCAAUGAGUACGGUCCGGCCUCGCCUUUCCGCGAUCAUGUCGACCAAAGUUACACUGAAAUGACUGAGAAUCGUACGGUCUCCAGCGAAGAUGAAUUCACCAUUCAACACCCCGAACCCGGCUACCAGCCUCCUUCCCAACCGCCGAUGUCACCUCAAAUGCAGGACACACCGAGAACAAACCCAUAUGCAGCAUCUCCCUUCUCAUACGCUCAAGCACAACAAUAUGUUCAAUCUCUAGCAGGCACAGGGACGUUUGGUUUCCCUCCGCCACCUCCAAUCCCAGAGCCAUCGCCUAUUCGCAUCUUCAGAUGGCCAACUCGCUCAUCUCGCAGCGGCAACUCUACACCUAGCGUCUUCUCCGGAUUUCGCACACCCAAGACGCCAACUCGCGCUCUAUCCCGGGCUUCUCGAAGUACUGUGUCAUCUAUGCUAUGGCACGGCCGCAGAGACGUUGCCCGAAGAACCAUCAUUCGUACUCCCGGAUCUCAAAAGUCGGCCAAGUCAGCGAAGUCGCGUACAAAUAUUUCUUCUCACAGCCCCGAGAGCACGAUGCCAGAGGGCUUACAUACUCCCAUCCUGGAUUGGCUUCACUGGAUCCGAGGCCACCAACAGGUCGAGCCCGACCCAGAGAUGAACCAUCGAAAGAGCUUCGCCAGCACCACGGAGAGCUCGGUUUCCGAAACAAGCGUUGCAAGCACAGCUAGUAGCGGUGUCUUCUCGCCCACACUCCUUUCCUACCAUCCUCCGGCCAACACGCCGAGUGUCACAACCGAGACCAUUCAAUACUUACCUCUGCCUUUAUUCAAGAAAAGAGCCAGUGAUAGUAAUAGCGAGGUCACGGUGGAAGCGUCCGGUACGGUCCGCAUCCCAAGUUUUGGAUGACGGCACAAUACAAAACUUAAUGAUAUCCCAUCUUUUGGGCAACAGUCGUUCAUUGCAUGGCUCAGGUGUUUUGGUUUAGCAACCUCUCU